ACACAACGGCGCAUCGGGACGGGAGGACGCGGCGGUGUGGAGCUCGGAGCCCGGGAGCUGAGGAGCCGAGGAGCCGAUGUAGGCCACUCUGCACCAGGACCUGACUCCACAAGCUGCUGCUGCUGCUGCUGCCCGUCUGCACUGGUGUUUUGGAGUGGACGGAGUGGUCCAAGGCCACUCUCCCUUGCUGCUGCUACCCAUGAGAGGCAAACAGUACCAGCAACUCAAACUGGCUGCACCUCGGGAGACGGACGCCGACUAUGGGAGGAAACUCAAGACGUACCAGAACCACACGAAGAUAACCGCCCAGCCAGGGAUCGUGAUGAAAGUGCUGAGGAGAAAGAGGAUUAUUUUGUUCAUAGCUUACUUUCUGCUGCUGGUUUUGACCAUGUUGAACUUGGCCAACUACAGGUGGAGCAAGGAGCCCCAGCAGUGCAGCCACCAGACACGGAGCACUGCCUACCAGGGCCGCUCGGACAUCCGCUUCCUCUACAGACCCUCCUUGGCCAAGAAGAGGCAGCUCGUGUACGUCCUGACCACGUGGAGGUCGGGGUCAUCCUUUUUCGGUGAGCUUUUCAACCAGAACCCGGAGGUGUUCUUCCUGUACGAGCCCAUGUGGCACAUCUGGCAGAAGCUGUACCCCGGCGACGCGGUUUCUCUACAGGGGGCAGCCCGGGACAUGCUGAGCUCCCUGUAUCGUUGUGACCUCUCAGUGUUUCAGCUGUACAACAGCCCCGGGGGCAAAAACUUCACCUCCCUCGGGCUGUUCGGGGCCACCCUCAACAAGGUGAUCUGCUCGUACCCCCUCUGCUCCGCCUACAGAAAGGAGGUGGUGGGCAUGGUGGACGAUAAGGUGUGCAAGAAGUGCCCACCGCAGAGUCUACGGAUGCUGGAGGAGGAGUGCUUGAAAUACAACACCAUCGUCAUCAAAGGGGUGCGCAUAUUGGACGUCAACGUUUUGGCCCCUCUGAUGGAGGACCCCUCGCUUGACCUGAAGGUCAUCCACCUGGUGAGGGACCCAAGGGCCGUGGCGAAUUCCAGGAUCAAAUCCAGACACGGCUUGAUCCGGGAGAACCUGCAGGUGGUCAGGAGCCGCGACCCCAAACUCAGGCGGAUACCGUUCGUAGACCCCGGGCAUAAAAUGAGCAAAAAGGAUGGGGCGGACUACCACUCCAUUGGAGCUAUGGAGGUGAUUUGUGACAGGACACACAGGAGCUUGCGGACGGCGCUGAACCCGCCCGCUUGGCUGAAAGGAAAGUAUCUGGCUGUCCGUUACGAGGACCUGGUGGAGAACCCUGUCAAAGUCCUGCGCCACGUUUACCGCUUCGUUAAUCUCAGUGCCAACCACGACAUUGAGUCUUUCGCCCUCAACAUGACCAACGGCACAAACUCCUCCUCAAAGCCGUUCAUUGUGUCGUCCAGGAACGCCACCCAGGCGGCCAGCGCUUGGAGGACGCUCCUGAGCAUCCAGCAGAUCAAACAAGUGGAGGACUACUGCCACCAGGCCAUGGCCGUGCUGGGCUACGAGCGCGUACGAACGGCCACUGAGGCGAAAGACUUGAGCAAAUCCUUACUGACUGCCUCCAAACUGUGACACCGACCUCUCACCAAAGACUUGCUAAUUUGAAUGGUGUCAGUGUAGCUCGAUAGCUGUGGAAUCCAAGCUUUAUUUUGUUUCAGUGUUUUAUGGAGGGAUUUGACAUGCCUCAUAGGAAUGUACUUUAUUUUGUGGUAAUUUAAUGCUACCACGGCUUUUAUAACUGGAUUAUGGAUGUUGUUUGAUGAGCCGUCUACAAAAAAAAAACAUGACUUGAAUAUGAGAAGAGUCUUGAUAUUGUAUAAAUCACGUGUCUUGCAUUGACAACACUUCAGAAUGGAUGUUUUUAGGGUUCUUUUGAAUGUUUCAGACCCAUCCGUUAGUUUGAGUUUGUUUGCUCACUUUCAAAGUGCAAAUUGUGAAUGGAAAAUAUUGACAACAAACCGUAAAACCAAUUAACAUGCUCAUUCUAAAAGCAGGUGAUGCUGUUUAGUUAGUGCAGGAUCCUCUCAGAGACAAUCAUUAAAGUGCUCUGUAAUGCUU